AUGCGAUUUCCUCGCUGGCUGGCGGCGGGCUGCUUCGCUCUCAGUCUGGCCCCGCCCGUUGCCGCUGUCAAGUUGUUACAAUCUCACGCCCUCGUUCCAUGUUCGAAUGAUGGAAUUAUUUCGGUCAACCAUUUCGGUAUCGUCUUCACGCCGGGGAAUAUGAGUGCAACGGUGAGCUUCGACGGCCAGGCGACUUAUGCGGGCAACAUUCGGAUCGAUCUCGAACUCUACGUCUACGGUUACAAAGCCACCACCAAAUCAUUCGAUCCAUGCGUCUUGAAAGUAGAUGCGCUGUGCCCACUCCAAAAGGAUACGGCCCUGAAAAUUGCAAAUGUUCCGCUGGAUCUCUCGAACGUCGACUUGUCCAUCAUUCCGGGUAUUGCAUACUCCGUUCCCGAUCUCGAUGCCGUGGUCCGCCUGGAAAUCAUGGACGCCGACACCGGCGGUAAAGUCACCUGCGUCCAGGCCAGUGUCAACAAUGGGGUGACGGUCGACCAAACGGGUGUGGCUUGGGCCAUGGCCAUUCUAAUAGGGUUAGGACUUCUCGCAACGGUGGUUGUAUCUAUUCUCGGCCACGUCAAUAUCGCAACUCACGUCGCCUUCCGCACCUUGCUCUUCUUGGGCUUUAUGCAGACCCAGGCCAUAUGGGGUAUGACGGCCGUUAACCAGCGCCCGCUGGUACAAUCGUGGACGCAGCUUUGGCAGUGGACGAUGGGCUUGGUUGGGGUUCCGUUCUUGCAGACGAUUUGUACCUGGUUCGUGCGUUCGACGGGCGGUACGCCUUCCCAGAUUCUCACGCACACCGAUGAGUAUUCGGUGAUUAUGCAGAAGCGCUCGUAUAUUCCGGGAUCGCUGAUCGCCCGCGCCACGGAUAUGACGGAGAAUGGUGGGGAGGUCGAGGUGCGAGGGAUUGAGCGCGUGGGUUUCCGUAUCAACAUCGAACCGACCAACAUCUUCAUGACGAGUUAUCUGUUCUUCUACUUUGUCACGGUCGCCUUCCUGCUGGUGAUCUUGUUCCUCAAGCUGGUUGUGCCGAGGUUGGCGAAAAAGUCGAGCAGUGCCAAGCUGGAGCAAGUGAUGGUCGCAUCAUCCGACUGGAAGGACUUUAUGCGCGGCAGUCUGUAUCGACUGGCUUCGAUUGGAUAUCCGCAAAUGUGUGCACUCGGUCUGUGGGAGUUGAUUCACCGAGACUCCGCCGCCGAGAUCGUCCUGGCCAUCUGCAUGUGGCUCACCAUGACUGUCAUCCUCUGCUGGGCAAUCUUCAAGGUCUUCCAGCGCGCCCGGCUAUCACGAACCCUCCGACAAGAUCCCGCCUAUACUCUCUACUCCGAUCCCGUCUGUCUCACCCGCUGGGGCUUUUUGUAUGUCAACUACAAAGCGCAAGCCUACUACUUCAUGGUCCCGCUGUUCCUCUACACCCUCGCCAAGGGCCUCGUCAUCGCCUUUGCACAGUCAAGCCCGCUAGCACAAUCCAUCGUCCUCCUCAUCAUCGAAACACUCUUCCUCGUCGCCACAUGCGUGAUCAGACCAUACAUGAACAGAACCGCCAAUGUAUUCGCCAUCAUCGCCGCCGUCCUCAACUUCCUCAGCGCAAUCUUCUUCCUCUUCUUCACAAACGUCUUCACCACCCCCGAACUCGUCGGCGGUGUCAUGGAAGUCCUAUUCUUCUUCCUCAACGCCCUUUUCAUGCUCGCCCUCCUCGUCUUCUUCCUCAUCGGCUUCUACUACGUUGUCACCCUAAAAGAACCCGCCGAACAAUACACCAGUCUCACCGAUAACCGCUCUUCCACGGUCCUCGUCGAGAACCGCCGUAUCACAGAGCUACAGCCGUUGGAGAAAAACCUCGAGGUCGAAGACGGCCACAUGGCUUCCCGGGGAAAUGUCUGGGAACCUAUAUCUACGCGGUCGCCCUCUGAAGAUGACCUCUCUGAAGCGCCGCAUCGACCAUUUGAUCAUGCCAUUCAGCCGACACUACCUUCCAUCCCGACCAGUGACUCUGACAGCUUACGAUCACGGCGGUACGAUAUACCCCGGCAAGAAGAGCGACUGGUUUAA